AAACUUGAAUAUUUUGCGCAUAAGCUGUCUCGCUUCCGUUUCCGUUGUUAGCUCAAACUAUCCACCCAUUCGUGUUAUCCUUUUAUAAAUUAGUUUUUAUAUCAAGACUUUAUAUAAAUAUAUCAAUUUUCAACUUUAUACACAAAAUCUACACAGAGGCAAACGUUCAUCUGAUCCUGUUUAGAAGUUGUAGUCCACUAAAGUGAUGGGUUGGGAGACUGUAAGCACCAUCCUUGGAGCUCCACUGGGUUUUGCUUGUUUCCUUUAUUUUGUGUGGACUCAAAGGAGCAGAAAGAACAUUGUAGGAAAAACUGUCCUUAUUACAGGGGCUAGUUCAGGCCUUGGAGAAGCAUGUGCCAAGGAAUUCCACAAAGCUGGUUGUAGAGUGGUGCUGGUCGGUAGGAACCAGACACAACUGGACAGGGUCAAGGGUGAACUACUACAGCUGAAAAAGCCUACAGAUGAUCUGGAACCAGAGAUAUUUCUGAUGGACCUAGGAAACCUUAGCAGCCUGCCUGAUCUGGUAGACAAUCUGGUCAGACAAGUAGGGCCAAUUCACAUCUUGGUAAACAAUGCAGGAGUCAGCUCUCGUGGUCAAGUAGAGGACACCACUGUUGAUGCUUUUAUCAAGGUCAUGACCAUCAACCUUUUUGGUCAAGUGGCGCUCACCAAAGCUUUGCUGCCAUAUAUGAUAUCGGAAGGAGAAGGCUCAAUUGUAGGAAUUAGUAGUAUCCAGGGUAAAAUCGCUAUUCCCUACAGAGCUUCCUAUGCAGCUUCAAAACAUGCUUUCCAUGCAUUCCAUGACAGUCUGAAGGCUGAGGUGGCCCACAGGAACAUAGACGUGUGUGUGGUGUGUCCUAGUUAUAUACAAACUAACCUCUCCAAGAAUGCCGUCACUGGCGACGGGUCAGCUUAUGGUGUUGAGGAAAAAGAAAUAGCCACUGGGAUGAAACCAGAGUAUGUAGCGCGACAGAUCUUGUUCUCUGUGAUAGAACGCCGAGAUGAGGUUGUGUUGGGGCCUUUACACCAUAGACUUGCCAUUGUGUUGAGAACAUUAUCUCCUUACAUUUACUUUCUCAUUAUGAAACAUCGUGCAAACUCCAGCAGGAAACAGUAUGUGAAAAUUAACUGAUGCCACUAUUUGUGUGUUCUCUAAUAUAUGUUUGUACUGUACAUGGAUGUUUGUGAAAUAAACAUGCAGUAAAGAAAGCUGAAGUUUAACUAACAUCAAAACCUACAAAACCCUUUCCUGUGUAUUGAUAUAUAUGAUCAGAAUUAGAGACAGGUUGACAAAUAUACUCAGCAUUAAAAAGUGCACAUCAUCCGAGAAA